AUGACGAGCCAGCCGCAAGAAGAAGACGUGUUCGCCAAGGAUGACGGGUGUGGGACUCCGUGUGGUAGUCCCGCCCGGUCUCCGGCGCCGAACGUGGUGCCAAGGAGGGUGCAGCUCCCCCCGCAGCGGAAAGACGACGACGAGGAGGAGGAGGAGGAGGAGGAGGAGGAGGAGGCAGAGAAGGAGAAGAAAGCGGAGGUCGGCGAGAGCGGGAGCGAGACGAGUCUGCCUCCCAGGGAGGCGCACCGGCUGCCCCCGCGCCCGAACGGAGGUCGAGCGGUGCAGGCGUUCGACAUCCCCAGGCACGCCGCGGGCUCGAGCCGGGUCUUUUCGCGGAUGCGGGCGGAGUCCAGGGGGAGGCUCAACUCCGGCACGGGCAAGACGUUCGAGGCGUACGCGACCAACAUCUCUCGCUUCAUCCACAGGUGCGGGUUGGUGGCGCGCGAGCACGGCCUCGACUUCGACGGCGACGUGGGAACGGUGGCCCCCGUCGUCGCCAGGCACGGCAAGGAAGUCUACCAGCCGGUCAUCGACGCGAUGCAGAGCGUGCCGAACUCGUCGCCCAAGAGCCAGGUCACGUGCAUCGACGCCUUCCUUUACAUGUGCCGCUGGCUGAAGGGCAACAUGGGGACCACGGACAAGGCGGCGAACCUCAUGGUGCUCAUGGACCAGGUCUCCGUCAGGCAGGCGCAGGAGGACAAGGCCGAAGCCAACCGGCUGCACCGGCAGCGCCAGACCCAGGUCUCCGUCGAGUCCAUGCAGGAGGACGACCGCUGGAUCACCCAGCCGAGGCUCCAGCGCCUGGGCGCCGACGCGUACGCCCUCGCCAUGGAGGAAGGCACCAGGAUCGCCGGCGACGUCAGAGAGGGCCUGGCGGUCGCGCCGCGUCUCCUCUCCAGGGCCGUGGCCGCGGUGGUCGCCACGGUGGUGGUCGGCGCCCACACGAGUCGCCAGGGACCCAUGAGCCAGCUGAGCGCUGCCGACAUGGGGCGGGUUCUCGCGGCGGCCGAGGGAGCCCGCUUCGCGAGCAGCGGGCAGCACAAAAACUCCCGGCACCCGGAGACCGCGACCAUCAGCCUGGACUUCAACCACCCCAAGGUCCAGGAGGUGCUCCGCCUCUACCAGGACGUGCUGCGCCCGCUGCUGGUGGAGGCCGGCAGGUCGAGGAGGAACGCCGACGGCUCGCCGGCGCGCGUCGACAACAACAGCGCGGAUCUCACCGGACACUUCUGGAUCACGAGCAACAACACGCCGAUGAACUUCGGCAAGGUCUUCUCCCGGUUCGUGGAGAAGGCGAAAAGGGGGGAGGCCAGGGACGGGAGGGGCGGGCUGAGGAUCGGAACGACGGCGGUCCGCCGGACGAUCGCAACCACGGUCGAGGAGAGCCGCCGCCAGGGGAAGCUGAGCAGCCACGAGGCCGAUCUGGUUCACAGGGCGGACGGGCACUCCCAGGCCACGGCCGUCAAGUACUACGCGAUCGGCGCCCAGAACAAGGAGCAGGCCGCGGCAGGAGCGGUGCUGGAGAAGCUCGGCCUGACCCUCGACUCGGAGCCCGCAGGAAAAGGCCCUGCCGCUCCCGCCGAAGUUGUGCCAGCAUCCAUGAUGGACUCAAUGUCCCAGGAGAAGGCACCGAGAGGAAACGACGGCGCAGAUGCCAACGAGGACGAGAACGGGGACGAAGAUGACGGCGACGACAACGCCGCGCCGAUGGACGUGGGGUUACAAGAGGCGCUGGAGCCGUACAUGUCCCAGGAUCAAGAUCAGCAUCUAGAUCAGGAUCUAGAUCAGGAUCUAGACAAGAAUCAGGAUCAGGAUCAGGACAAGGAUCAGGAUCAGGAACAGGACACGAAACCGGGUCAGGAGCCUCAGGAGAAGCAGCAGGGAUCACCACCCCGCUCCGUAGGUUCCGUCUUCGCCUUCGCUGCGGCCCCUCUCCCUCGUCCCGCCCCCGUUCCCGUCCGAUCGCCGGCUUGGCUGGGCAGGCGUCAGACCCACGACGUCCUCACGCCGACCUUCUGGGAGCAGAUGGCCUACGACCUGAAGGACCCCAUGUCCCCGCACUGGGUCAAGGAGAAGGGAGGCCGCGUGCCCCUCGGGGACGGCAGUGGCGGCUUCAGGGAGAAGUGGUUCAAGGGUGCCGGUCGGUCCAACCCACCAAGUCCACCCCUGCCCCUCCACAAACCGAACCAGAAGCGCAUGGCGUACACGAACGAGGAGUCCUACCUCGUUCGCUGGUGGAAGGAGAACAACGAGCACAAGCACCCGUCUCCCCAGGCACUGUGGGACGCGCUCGAGACGAAGCUGCUGACGGCGAAGCGGUCGGGGCUCGACGACCCCUGGGAUCGUGCGUUCGGGCCAACCCAUCGGACGUCAAAGGCGCUGAAGGACCACGCGGCGAGGGGGAUGAAGGCGUUCGACUGGGGAGGUACGCUCACCGAAGAAGGCAGGACGGGGAGGAGGAAGCUGCUCCGGGACAAGCGUAUCGCGGCAAAAAAAGCCAAGGCCGAUGACGAGCGGGAGCGUCAGGCGAGCAAGAAAAGGCCGAGGGAGGUCGCGGCCCUGGGGGCGCUGGACCCCGACGAAGCGUCCCCAGCACAGCCAGACCCGGCGCAGGGAAGCAACCAGGCCUAG